GAAAUAAAAACUGAAUAAGGAGAUGUAAAUUAAAAUGUAGGAACUGCAGCAUUAUAUUAAGAUUCAAACUCUUAAAAAUUGAAUAAUAGUAAUAAAAAAAAUAGUAUUGAUAAUGAAAGCAAUAAAAAUAAUGAAAAAAAAAAAUAUAGUGACGAUAAUAUAGAUGAAAAAUUGAUAAUAUAAAACAAUUAAGAAAAAAUUAAUAUUAAAAUAUAAACUAAAAAUAAUUUUGAAAGUGAUUAAUAAUUUCUUAAUAAUUUGUAAAUCUAGUUUUAAGAAGAUUAAAGAAAUACCCAAGAUGAGGAUAUAUCUAAUAUUAAUACUAAUGAUAAUUAAAAUUUAAAAAGAGAAAAAAAAGCUCCUUUUGAAUUUCAAAUUGGAGUUGUAUAUACAGGAGAGUGGAUUGGUUUUAUUUUCUUAAUACAAAAGAAUUUUGUUUAUAUUAACUUUUUUUAUAAUAUUUUUUAAUUUAUAUUAUCUUUUUAAUAUCUUUUAAAAAAUUAUAGGUAAAUGUAGAGAUGGCUAUGGAAUUUAAACUUGGGCUGAUGGAGCAAAAUACGAAGGUUAUUGGAAAGAUAAUAAAGUAAGCGGAUAAGGUAAAUUUUGGCAUGUAGAUGGUGAUAUAUAUGACGGAUAAUGGGAAUAAGAUAAAGCAAACGGCUUUGGAAAUUAUAUACACAUUAAUGGUGCUACUUAUCAAGGUCAUUGGAAAGAUGAUUUAUAAGAUGGAUUUGGAAUAGAAAUUUGGACUGAUGGAUCAAAAUAUGAAGGAUAUUAUAAAGAAGGCAAAAAGCAUGGCGAAGGGAAAUAUAUUUGGAGUGAUAAUUCUUAAUAUAUAGGUAAUUGGUUUGAAAAUAGAAUUUCAGGGAAAGGAAUUUAUAUAUGGGCAGAUGGACGCAGAUAUGAAGUUUUAUAAAAAAAACAUUAAUAUCAAAUACUAAAAAAAAUAAGGGCGAUUGGCUUAAUAAUAAUAUGCAUGGAAAAGGUAUAUAUACUUGGAAAGAUGGAAGAAAAUAUGAAGGAGAAUAUUUAUAUGAUAAAAAGAAUGGCUAUGGAAUUUAUACUUGGGCUGAUGGAAGAAGAUAUGAGGGAAAUUGGACGAAUGGAAAGUAACUAUAUAUUUUAUAAAUAGUAUUUAUUUAUUUUUUUCCUUUUUUAGAUAACAUGGCAAAGGUAAAUAUAUAUUACCUGAUGGAUCAGUAAAAUUAGGGAUUUGGGAAGAAAGCAAAAGAAUAAAAUGGUUAGAAAAUGAUACUGAUUUUGAUUUAAAAAGCCUUUUAUCUUCUUAAGCUUAAUAGAAUUAAUGAAUUUUAUUAAAAAGAGAAUAGUGAAUUUUUGCAUUUAUUGAAUAAAAGAUUUAUCUUUAAUAGAAUUGUAAUUAAUAUAUAGGUUUAUGAUUUAUUGUGUUUAAAAAAAAAUAUGUAUAAAAUACUUAAAUAAAAAACAUACAAAAUAAUAACUAAAAUUGAUAAUUAUAAAAAAAAAAAACGUAAAAUUUAUUUUUUCAAUACAUAUCACCCAUUCCACCCAUACCUCCCAUAGGCAUUUUAGGACCAUCUUUCUUAUCUUUAACAUCUUCAACAACAAUACAUUCAGAAGUGAUCAUUAAAGAGGCAACAGAGGUUGCAUCAAUAAGUGCUCUUCUAACAACUUUAGUUGGAUCAAUAAUUCCAGCAUCAAAUAAGUUACAAUAGACAUCCUUGGCGGCAUCGUAACCAAUGGCUUCAUCGUUUUAUUCAAGAAGUUUACCAACAAUAAUAGCUCCUUCUUUACCGGCGUUUUCUGCGAUAGUUUUGCAAGGGAUUUAAAUAGAUUUUUUAACAAUUUAGAUACCUAUGUUUUAAUCGAAAUUUUCUCCUUUUAAUUAAUCUAAGCAUUUAGAAGAAUAUAAUAAAGCGCAACCACCUCCGAUAACAAUACCUUCUUAAACAGCAGCUUUAGUAGCACAUAAGGCGUCUGUGAUUCUAUCUUUAAUUUCUCCUACUUCUACUUCUGAAGCUCCUCCUACUUUAAUAACUCCAACUCCUCCUUAAAAUUUAGCUAGUCUUUCUUAAAGUUUUUCUUUAUCAUAUUCUGAGGUGCUAUUACUAAUUUAUUCUUUUAUUUAAACACAUCUUUCUGUUAUUGCUUCUUAUUCACCAGCUCCAUCCAUUAUGACAGUAUCAUCUUUUGUUACAAUGACUUUCUUGCAACUUCCAAGUACAUCUUUUUUUUUAUAAAUAUUAUAUAUAUAAUAUAUAUAAUUUUAUACUAAUUUCCGCAUUUUCAAAGUUUAAGCCAACUUCUUCACUAAUUACAACACCAUUAGUCAAAAUAGCAAUAUCAUUUAAAAUAGAUUUUCUAUUAUCACCAAAAGCGGGAGCCUUAACAGCACAAACAUUCAAACCUCCUCUAAUUUUAUUUACAACUAAAGUUGCUAAAGCUUCAGAUUCAACAUCUUCGCAAAUUAAAAGGAUAGGUUUGUUUUAUUUCAUUGCAUGUUCAAGGAAAGGUAAAAUACUUUAUACAUUAGAUAUUUUCUUUUCAGCUAUUAAAAUUAAAGGGUUAUCUAAUUCACAUUUUUAAGAUUUUGUGUUGUUUACAAAAUAUGGAGAAAUGUAUCCUCUAUCAAAUCUCAUACCUUCAACAAAUUCGAUUUCAUGAC